AUGCUGCUGGGCAGGAAGCCCGAGGCGCCCCUCAGCGCAGGCAGGUUUGCAGAUGGAUUAUAUGACUCCUAUAUGAGGAUAGAUCAGGUUAGGUACCAAGAGUCUACAAAUGAAGAGCAGAGCCCCUCAGGACUUCCUUCCUUUGGAAGAUCUAAUGUUAAUAGCCACAAGCUUGCAAUGAAGGAUCACCCUCUGACUGGAAGUCAGGUCAAAGUUGAGCAAUUAUUUGAGGACUCUGGCAACAGAAGAAGUAGCACUCUUCAGUCUGCAGGAAUUAACAGUGCCGAAAGAGCUCUUCCAUCCCUGACAAAAGAGAAAAAUGCAGACAGCUUAAGCACUUCUAAAUGUGCUAGUAGUUCCUUAAAAGUGCACAAAGCCAUUUCCCAAGCUCCAGAACAAGCUGUCAAACAGUACAAACAUCAGUUGUCUGCUUAUGAGCAGCAAGAGAUAUUUAAUUUUUCUGAAAUUUAUUUUGUGGGUCCAGCUGCAAAAAAGAGGCAAGGAGUUAUAGGUGGCCCCAACAACGGAGGUUAUGACGAUGAUCAGGGUAGCUAUAUUCAUGUGCCCCAUGACCAUCUUGCUUACCGCUAUGAAGUCCUCAAAAUCAUUGGAAAAGGCAGUUUUGGACAAGUUGCUAAGGUCUACGAUCAUAAACUCCACCAGCACUUAGCCCUAAAGAUGGUUCGCAAUGAAAAGAGAUUCCAUCGCCAAGCAGCAGAAGAAAUCCGGAUUUUGGAGCAUCUGAAGAAGCAGGAUAAAACUGGCAGUAUGAAUGUGAUUCACAUGCUGGAAAGCUUCACUUUUCGCAACCACAUCUGCAUGACCUUUGAGCUCCUGAGCAUGAAUCUGUACGAGCUAAUUAAAAGGAAUAAGUUCCAGGGGUUCAGCAUCCAGCUGGUGCGUAAAUUUGCCCACUCCAUAUUGCAGUGCUUGGAUGCUCUCUAUAGGAACAAAAUCAUCCACUGUGACCUGAAGCCAGAAAAUAUCCUCCUAAAGCAGCAAGGGAGGAGUGGAAUCAAGGUCAUAGAUUUUGGGUCCAGCUGUUUUGAGCACCAAAGAGUCUACACGUACAUUCAGUCCCGCUUUUAUCGGGCCCCCGAGGUCAUCCUGGGAAGCCGCUAUGGGAUGCCCAUAGACAUGUGGAGUUUUGGCUGCAUUCUGGUGGAACUAUUGACUGGAUACCCUCUUUUUCCCGGCGAGGACGAGGGAGACCAAUUGGCCUGUAUGAUGGAGCUGCUUGGAAUGCCACCGCAGAAGCUCUUGGAUCAAUCCAAGCGAGCCAAGAACUUCAUCAACUCCAAGGGCCAUCCUCGCUACUGCACUGUGACCAUGCACGCGGAUGGCAGAGUGACCCUGAACGGGAGCCGCUCGCGCCGGGGCAAACUCCGCGGGGCUCCGGGGAACAAAGACUGGGUGACAGCCCUGAAGGGCUGCGACGACCCCUUGUUCAUAGAAUUCCUAAAGGAAUGCCUCAGCUGGGAUCCUGCCGUGCGCAUGACUCCGAGCCAGGCUUUAAGGCACCCUUGGAUUUGCAAACGAGCACCCAAACCACCCAGCACUGAGAAAAGCUCCAGUAAACGGACAUCUAACUACCCAGGCCCCUUCCCGGGAAUAGGUUCCAAGUUGCCGCCGGUGGUUGGAGUAGCCAACAAGCUGAGGGCUAAUUUAACAGCCGACUCCAACGGCGGGAUACCUCUAUGUACAGUGCUACCAAAACUGGUUAGUUAAUAGAGGAUU